AACCAAAGAGCACAAAACAUUGCAUGUUAGAUUUCACACAUUACACGGUUUGUGCCCGUGGCAUUUUCGUCUUUCUUCCUUUCUAUCACUGUUCUUCUUCUUUCUCUCUUCACUUUCUCUCACUUCUCUUAUGAAUCAAUCUCUCAUCUCCAACAUCCACACAUGCAUCACCAUUAGCUGUUGUUCUGAGUGAAUGCUGCUACCCUUUAAGGCUUGUUUUGGUAUUCCCUACAGGUUUUUUACUGUAUAGCUGGACAGUUUCUUGCACUUUUCCUGGCUUUUGCUCUUUCCUCGAGGGUUUAUUGGGUUUUUCCUUUGCUGAAUCUUGUUUGCCUAGGUUCUUCAGUCGGGAUGAAACAUGAAGACUUCGGUUUGAUUUUACUAUAAGUGUAUAUCGGUGUUUAGCAAAGUCAAGUUAGCAUUCAGAUUCAGAAUAAAGAGAAGAAAAAUUGGUGUAACCUUUCUGAUUUGUUGGCCUGGUAUCGUGAAGGAGUUUGGUUGCGAUACGACUAGGGAUAUUGUUUACUGGUUCUACGAUGGAUUCAAUUCAAAAUAAAGUUUAUUACUGCUGUGUUUCUAAGGGUAACACGGUCCUCUAUGUGUAUAGUGGUGGAGACCUGGAAGUUGAGAAUGUUGCAGCCUUGUGCUUGGAGAGUGCUCCUCCUUUCCACAGGUGGUACUUUGAGACAAUAGGUAAAAGGACUUAUGGGUUUUUUAUGGAAGAUGGGUAUGUUUACUUUGCAAUUAUUGACAAAGGUCUUGGUAACUCGGUGGUUCUUCGGUUUCUGGAGCAUGUUAGAGAUGAAUUCAAAAAGCUGGCUAGAAAAGGUUCAAGAGGAAUUUUGCCAAACAUGAACUCAAUUCACUUUCAGGAAAAGUUGGUUCCUGUCAUUCGCAGUCUGAUUACUUCAUUGGAGAGUGUUUCUCAUGGUAGUAGUAAUUGGAGAGAUGGCACUUCCAAUUCUUUUCAAGUGGAUCUGUCUCCAUCACCAAGUAGUUUGAAUGGACAAAUUGAAGGUGCUAGUUCAACAAAAGCCCCAUUAUUGGGAAAAUCUAACAAGCCGGAUAAGAAGAAAGUAAAGGAUCAUGUGAUUGCCAUGAGAGAUGUUGAGUUGGAGGAGCAUCGAAAAUCUACAGAUAGAGGAGCAAGGGCUGAUUCAGGCAAUCUGGAAGGUGUAAGCCAAGGUGGUGCAGGUUCAUCAGUUGCUUUGCAAAAGGAUAUGGGUUCAAUGAGAAUAAGAUCAGCCCCUCAAAAUAUUCGGAAGAAAUGGUGGCGCCAAGUACGCAUUGUUUUAGCUAUUGAUGCAGCUGUGUGUAUAAUAUUAUUUGUCAUCUGGUUAGUAAUAUGUCAUGGUGUAUCCUGCAUACGAUAGAAUUUGAACUUCAUGCUUGACCGAAUUUGAAUCGCUAUCAUAUGGAACUUGAUGUUUUCUGGGUAUGAUCUGAUCGGCAACAGAAUUGGUUAUGUCGAUGGGGCACAAGGAUGGAAGUUACAGACUGGUCGUGUUGAUUAGAUCAGUAGUGCUAUUUGCAGGCUCGUGCUUCUUUUCACCUGUAUGUAGGCAAUUUAAUUUGUCGACUCUACUGUAUAGUUUCAUCACUUCUAGUCAUAUGUACUUGUAUAUGAAUUUUGCGAAGAUUUUAAAGGGUCUUGAUUGGCCUGUUUCUAUAGAUUUUUUUUUUUACUGGUUU